GCUCCAUUUAUUUAUUUUCAUGAUAGCUAGCAUAAUCGUUUACAUUAUUCCAUCAUGUAUUUUUAAAAGAAAAAAGAAAAAACCCACGUGCCCUUUAAUUAAAAACUUCAAGGAACCGAGACACCGCUUGUCUCGCCUCAAAUCUACCUCCCCCGCCUAUAUAUAAUCCGCUUCACCCGACUUCCCUAUGAAGUCUCUACUCCGACUCACAUCAACCGUACCCUCACCGGCGGUGCCAAAACCCCAAUACCCCGAUGCAGAGCCUCGACUCCAUCCGGCGCCACCUUCUUGACGACUCGGAGAUGUCGUCCUCCGCUGUAACCGCACCUCCCCAAACCGUCUAUCACCGGACUUCCAGUUUCGGCCGCCUAGUCGCCGACCACUGGAUCGAUCUCCCGUUCCGCCCAGCCAUUGUUAUCUACCUCACCCCACACGAUGCCUUUAGCCACGGCUGGCUUCCCAGUGCUUGCCACCCAGCAGCCCCUGUUCCGCCUCUUCCGGCUAAACCCGAUUCGAGGGAGAUGGAAGCGCCGGCAAAGGGGAAACACUACCGCGGCGUUAGGCAGCGGCCGUGGGGAAAGUUUGCAGCAGAGAUUAGGGAUCCAGCAAAGAAUGGAGCUAGGGUUUGGCUGGGGACAUUUGAGACCGCGGAGGAAGCAGCGCUUGCUUACGAUCGCGCCGCUUAUAGGAUGCGCGGGUCUCGCGCACUUCUCAAUUUUCCGCAGCAGAUCAGUGUGGAGGCCGAUUCGCCAUCGCCGGCAGCGGCGAAGCGAGUUUCGCCGGAGCGAUCGACUUUGUCUUUGUCAUCUUCGUCUUCGUUGCCGAUCUCGCAAUCGGAGGGAUCUACUAAGAGAAGAAAGAGAGGGGAGGCGGUGGCGAGCUUGAGGCUGGAAUCUCCGGCGACGGUCAUGGCAUAUCCGGAUCCAGCGGCGGUGCAGUUGCCUGCCCAGGCUCAGACCGGCCUGGGGUUUAGGGGUAGAACGGUCCAGUUACAGGGAGGUGCGGUGGAUAAAAUUACGCCUGUAGGGCAGCUGCUGGUUAGCUGAAGGGGAUAUUGGGAGAAUUUAAUGGCGUGCUGUAAAUGAUUGAAAGUAUUGGGAGCAAAAAGAAAAAAUGGCUGGAUAAUGCUAUCGAGAUAUUCUGUGAACCUAUACAGGAUUGGGUGACGUUCAUUUGUGCCGUCAUAGUUUGGACGUACAAAGAUAUUUCUCCAUCGAGUUUUUUUAUU